GACAUCAGCAUUCUUAUACUUAUUAUUAUAACUGAUAAGGAACAAAGUAAAUUUGAUUAUUACAAAUAUAGUUUUCAAUUAGUACGUGGUCACUUUUCGUUCAGAAUAGACGUUCGAAAAAAAUCAACAAAUCAUCGAAGCUUAAUUGUUAUAAAAUGAUCAUCAAUUAUAUUAUUUUUUUUGUGCUGGCAACUUCUGUUGCGUCGGUAAAACUCCCGAGUAAAUUUGCACUUACAGAUGAAACAUGUAAGCCCGGCUUCAAAGAAGCUGCGUGUAGCAGUCCACAUGAUAAAUGUAUGAGAAAUGGCAUCGGUUCAUACGAAUACAUUUGUAUUGCACAAGGCACAUUAGGAUCACACUGUGAAAAAAAUUCUCACUGUAAACUUGUUGAGUUUGGAAAAUGUUCUGAAAAUAAUACAUGUAUCUGUCAGUUCGGAACAGCUGAGUAUGAUAAAAAAACUUGUAUCCCGAAAACAAUAAAAAACGAUCCCAAUUACGAAUUUUACAAGGAGUACGAUUGUGACUUCAAAACCUGUCAUUUAAAGAAAAGUUAUUUAUCAGUAACUGCACAACGAAGAGAAUCAAAAUUGAUGUACGGAGAAUAUUGUCAAACUAAUGGAGAUUGUGCUGAUUUACAUCUCCCGAAUCUGAUUUGUGACAAAGGCGAAUGUAAAUGCCCUAAAGACACCCAAUUUUUGUUGCCAGAAUUGUCAUGUAAAAACAGCACAGCAGGUAUUGGAAAAACUUGCAUUCCACCGGAUUCCGUCAACACUACAAGUGUCACUGAAGAGUCCACUGAAGAAUCUACUGAAGAAUCAACUGAAGAAUCUACUGCUGUAGAAACACCCACUACCAUUUGUAAUGAAUUCAAUGUAACCAGAUGUCAGAGAUAUCACACUUACGUGGCUAGUGACGAAUGUGUACCUGAUCCCCAAUUUGUAUGUGAUGAUGAAGAAUUUUAUUAUGAUCCGACUAGACAAGAGUGUGUGGAAUACGUGGAAGAACUUGAUGACUUCUACUGUGAAAUCGACCAUCACUGCCGUAAUUUGAAAUAUGCAAACUGCACUGAGAAUAUGUGUGUCUGCAAACAAAAAUAUGAGAACAUCGAUGGUGUCUGUCUUGGGUAUAACGGAGCUGUUUGUGAUGACGUUUCCGACUGUAUAGUGACCAACUCGAUUUGUAAUCAGACAUGUCAGUGUCCCGAGAACCAUUACCUAGCUGGAGACACUUGCUGGAAAUUUGCCGAGAACUUGAAUGAUACCUGCGCACUCGAUUUAGGAUGCAAGGACCUGAAGUACGCAAGUUGUCAGAAUGGUAAAUGCCUUUGCAAACAAAAUCAUGUUGAUAUCAACGGUACAUGCUUUUCAAAACUUAAUGGCGCGUGCGACAGCCACUCCGAAUGUAUCGAAGGAAUCGCUCAAUGCAGGCACAAUAUUUGUCAAUGUCCUUACAGUCAUUAUCAAGAUGGGUUCAAGUGCUAUCCGAUGGCUCAGCAUCCGGGAGAUCACUGCUACAACUAUGCCGGGUGUUUUGGAGUCCCAAAAAAAUGGUGCGGCAGUAAUGGUGAUUUCUGUAUUGACGAAUCUGGAAUAGAAUGUGACCUAAGAACUCACAAAUGCGUUUGUCCUCAAGGAUACGUCGAUGAAAAAACUAAAUGUGUAAAAUAUCUGAAAUUAUAAUUUAAACAUUGAAUUCAAUGUCUAAAAUUACAAUUCUAUUGUAACAUUACACAAAUAAUCAUAAUAAUUGUCAUAAUAAAACCAGACGAAUGAAUAAAAUAAA